GUUUAUUGUUUUUAUUUUUAAAAAUAUUUUUAUUUUUUUGGAUCAUUUUUCUUUCAAAAUUUUCUCAUAUCAAUUUAAUUUUUUUUGUAAAAGCAUUUAUCUCUCCCUCUCUUUUUUUAACAAAAAUAUUCCAAAUAAAAUAAACAAACAAUUUAACAAUUUUUUCUUUCCUUUUUUUCAAUUUAACUUUUCUAAAAAUUUCUUUUUUGAAUACAAAUUGGUUCCCAAAUUUCCAUUAUUUACUUUCCAAACAAUUAUUUUGGGGACAAUGAAUGAAUGGCAUCGUUUUUAUAUUAAAUAAAUUUAUUUUCUUUCAAUAGUUUUUCCCUUCUUUUUCAACUAUUUUUGCUUUGUUUGGUUAAAGCAGAGGUUGGUCGGAAAUCUGACUUGCGACGAUUUAUCACUUCGUUUUCCUCUUGGCAAGAAUUUUUCUUUUUACAAAAAUUUUCAUUUAUUGUUCCGACAUUUUUAGGGUUGCUCCUCGUCCGCAAAAGAUUGAGGUAUUUUCAAUGUCCUUCUGAUUUUUGAUACCUUGGCAGUUUCUAUUGUUUUUAAGUAUAUUUAUACAUACUUCCCUAUAGCCGAGCAAAAACAUUUAUUUUUUAACUUUUACAGCUACCUAAACAACAAAAAUUCUAACAACAAUUAACAAUUUGUAUUAUUAAUAUAUUUUGUUUUAUUCAUUAAAUAUAUGCUUAUGUACAUACAUAGUACAUAUAUUUUUAUUUUUAUAAUUGUCAUUUUGGCUUACAAAUCCUUUGGGAGAGGAUUGUGUUUCUUUUUUUCCCAAUUUUUUUCUACUAUCUCAUCUUUCUAUAUAAAAUAUUCACUCAAUUUAUUGUUUACCAACCUCAUUUGGUAUUUAAAUAGAAAUUAUUUUCAAAUAAAAACCAAAAUAAAUAAAUAUAUUUUCUAACAACAAAAAAAUAAACUUCAAAAAAUUAUUUUCUAAGAAAAUAAAAUUAUUUUGUUUUUUCUUACUUUUUUCUGUUUUCUUCCGCUUUUCCUUAUUUUUUCUGCGUUACUUCCUCUUUUUUAUUCUGAUUUUUGCUGCUUUAACUUUAAAAAUGUCCAAUCAAGCAUAUAUUUGGCUAGUAAAUAUUUUUUAUAUAUUUUAUUUCUUUUUUGCCCUAAAAUAUAUAAAUUAGCUAGUAAUAUAUUGAUUUAUACACCAAAAAAGUACAUUUUUAUGCUACGGUUACAUAAAA